AUGACUACUACUGUUCCGAAAGUGUUUGCAUUCCAUGAGUUUGCAGGUGUUGCAGAGGCUGUUGCGGACCAUGUAGUGCAUGCGCAGGAGAGUGCGCUGGCAGAGAAGCCAAAGGAGCGGAAGCAUUCAUUGACUAACCUAAGCGGUACUGUUGAGUCUCUUGAGAUGAGUCGGGCCACAUCUGUGAAGUCUGUAUCAUCAACGAGGGAAAACAGCUCUGGUAAGAAGAACGGUGCUCCAAAGAAGGAGAGACGGUUUAAGAUUGCGCUAUCUGGUGGUUCUCUUAUCCAGGUGUUGCACGAGGGUUUGCUCAAGAGAACAGAUGUUAAGUGGGGCAAAUGGGAUAUCUAUUUUGCUGAUGAAAGAUUAGUUCCAUUCUCCUCACAGGAGAGCAAUUAUGGUCAAGCAAAGAGAAAGAUUCUUGAUCAGAUUGAUACAGAGAAAUAUGGUACACCAAAUGUUUUCCACAUUGAUGAAUCACUGAUUGAUGACCCACAGGAGUGUGCAGACAACUAUGAAAAGAUUUUGAUUAAAGGAUUUGCCGGGAGAGACUCAGUUAAACUUCCGAUGUUUGACCUUUUCCUAUUGGGUUGUGCCCCAGAUGGCCACAUUGCAUCAUUGUUCCCAAACUUUCAAGAAAACUUACGUGAGAAACUGGCAUGGGUUGUUCCAGUUGAAAAUGCUCCAAGCGGCCCAUCUAACAGAAUAUCUUUGACUAUUCCAGUAAUUUGCCACUCGCAUAGAGUUACGUUCGUGGUUGAAGGUGCAACUAAAGCCCCAGUGAUAAAAACAAUUAUGGAAAGACCAGAAAAGGGAUUACCUAGUAGUAUUGUUAAUGAAGGUGCAGCAGGUCGUGUGUCUUGGUUUGUUGAUGAUGACGCUUUGACAGAUGUCUUUGUAACAAAGAAAAAGUAUAAGUUCCAUGAUGCUGAAGGAUUAGGAACUGAGAACAAUAACGACAACGAACAAUAG